AUGGAAAAUUACAACAAAACAUCUACAGAUUUUAUCUUACUGGGGUUAUUCCCACCAUCAAAUAUUGGGCUAUUCUUCUUCAUUCUCAUCAUUCUUAUUUUCCUAAUGGCUUUGUUUGAUAACCUGUCCAUGAUCCUUCCCAUCCUCGUGGAUACCCAUCUCCACACACCCAUGUAUUUCCUACUUAGUCAGCUCUCCCUCACGGACCUGAACUACAUCUCGACCAUUGUCCCCAAAAUGGCCUCCAAUUUUCUGUUUGGAAACAAGUCUAUCUCCUUCAUCGGGUGUUGGAUUCAGAGCUUCUUAUUCUUGACUUUAGCGGCUGCAGAAGCAUUACUAUUGGCAUCUAUGGCUUAUGACCAUCACGUGGCAGUUUGCUUUCCUCUCCACUAUCCCAUUUAUAUGAGCAAAAAAGUGUGUGUUCUUAUGAUAAUAGGAUCUUGGGUAAUUGGCUCUGUCAACUCCUGUGCCAACACCACAUAUGUCCUCCAUAUCCCUUACUGCCAAUCCAGGGCCAUCAAUCAUUUCUUCUGUGAUGUCCCAGCCAUGUUGACUCUGGCCUGCAUGGACACCUGGGUCUAUGAAAACACGGUGUUUGUGACUGCGACCUUCUUUCUUGUUUUGCCUUUCAUUGGUAUUACCUGUUCCUAUGGCCAUGUUCUCCUUGCUAUCUAUCGCAUGCACUCAGCAGACGGGAGGAAAAAGGUCUAUUCAAUCUGCAGCACACACCUCACUGUGGUGACUUUCUACUAUGCGCCCUUUGCUUACACUUAUCUACGCCGAAGAUCUCUUCGAACUCCGACAGAGGAUAAGGUUCUGGCUGUUUUCUACACCAUCUUGACCCCAGUGCUCAACCCCAUCAUCUACAGCCUGAGAAACAAGGAGGUGAAGGGAGCCCUGAGAAGAGUGCUUCAUAGAAUCUGUUCUCUAAAAAUGGAUACAAAUUAUUUACCUUAG